AUGUUACCUCUCAUCACAUUGGCUUUGUGCCUGAGUGCCGCCGCUUCAGCGCCCAACCUGGACCCCCAACUGGACCAGCACUGGGACCUGUGGAAGAGCUGGCACUCCAAGCAGUAUCACGAGAGGGAGGAAGGCUGGAGAAGAAUGGUGUGGGAAAAGAACCUGAAGAUGAUUGAGGUCCACAACCUGGAGCACUCCAUGGGCAAACACUCUUACAGCUUGGGCAUGAACCACUUCGGAGACAUGACGAACGAGGAGUUCCGUCAAAUCAUGAACGGCUACAAGCGCGGCAACCAGACGCAGAAGAAGAUAAAAGGAGCGCUCUUCCUGGAGCCCAACUUCCUAGAGGCGCCGCGCUCGGUGGACUGGAGAGACCACGGAUACGUCACGCCCGUCAAAGACCAGGGUCAGUGCGGGUCCUGCUGGGCCUUCAGCACCACGGGUGCCAUGGAGGGCCAGCACUUUCGCAAGACUGGCACACUGGUGUCCCUGAGCGAGCAGAACCUGGUGGACUGCUCCCGUCCCGAAGGCAACGAGGGCUGCAACGGGGGUUUGAUGGACCAGGCCUUCCAGUACAUUAAGGACAACAACGGCCUGGACUCUGAGGACUCUUAUCCCUACCUGGGAACCGAUGACCAGCCGUGCCAUUACGACCCGUCGUUCAACUCUGCCAAUGACACUGGCUUCGUGGACGUGCCCAGCGGGAAGGAGCACGCCCUCAUGAAGGCCGUGGCUUCCGUCGGACCCGUCUCCGUCGCUAUCGACGCCGGGCACGAAUCCUUCCAGUUCUACCAGUCGGGCAUCUACUUCGAGAAGGAGUGCAGCAGCGAGGAGCUAGACCACGGCGUGCUGGUAGUUGGUUACGGCUUCGAGGGCGAAGACGUUGACGGCAGGAAGUAUUGGAUCGUCAAGAACAGCUGGAGUGAAAAAUGGGGCGACAAAGGCUACAUCUACAUGGCCAAAGACCGCAAGAACCACUGCGGGAUCGCUACCGCCGCUAGCUAUCCACUGGUCUGA